GCUUCGGAUGGCUGUGAGCGAAGUCGCUUCCUUAUUUUUUUGCUGUUUAUCGGCGAAGCCUUUCAUGGUGUGUGCUUAUUCAAACUCUCGUCCUUUUCCUCGUAUCGGGAUUUUGUUCUUUUUCCCUUUAAUUAUGAUUCAUUUGCGCGAUUCUAGAGGGAGAUUGAUCGGGAGUGCGAUCUGAAGCUUGUUUGGAUGAUCGUAUUUUUUAGUUGAUCGAAGAAGAGGAAGAAGAAGAGUGGGAAACGGGGUGGUUGAUUCGUUUCUAAUGGAGGUGGCGCUUCAGGCUCAUGUGUCGGGGAGUUGGAGGAGGAGGAGGAAUUUCUGUGAAGCACAAGCGGGGAGUUCGAAGUUUAGACUGUUUCAUGGGAAUAGACCGUCGUGUACUACUUCUACUACACUGUCUCCAUUAUGGUUCAGAGGGCACCGUGUAGCGGGGACGUCGUUCAGAAUUGUUGCCUGUGCAAAUCAGUCAGAUUCAUCAAGGAAGAGAUCUAGGAAUUUGUCAACAGCGAGAUUUGAAAGCUCUUCAUCAAAGGGAUUCAAACCCAAAGUUCCUAUAGGAACAAGUAUCCCUAAAAAAGAUCAGAGCCGAGAUGAAGAGAAAGAGGGCUCUGCAACGCUAAAAUCUAGUACACACAUAGAGCCCAAACAGGCAGCACUUAAGUUGAAGGUAGGGGAUGAGGAGGAUUUGUCUGCUCAACUUUCACAAAAUAUUGAGAAUGAUGCAGAAAGUAAAAUCUCUUUGACAAGCAAGGCUACGUCUGUUGUUAAAAGUACUGCACCAAUAGGUAUUGGUGGGUUAAGUGGGAUAGACAAUGGAUUACAAGAGAAAGAAGAGGAGAGUGAACCAAGUGAAACAGUAUCAGAUGUCCUAGAUAACUCUGUGAAACUCUUUGAGAUGGAAAAGAAGUUAACCAAGGAAAAUUCUUUAAAAUUGAAGUUGAAGAUGGAAGCAAAUGCGAAGAGACAGGAAAUUCAGAGACUGGCUAAUGAAAAUCUCAUAGGAGGCAUUCGAGUAUUUGUUUUUCCGCAAGUUGUUAAACCUGAUCAAAAUAUAGAAGUGUUCUUUAAUAGGAGUUUUUCUAUUCUGAGUGAAGAGCCAGAAAUUAUGAUCAUGGGAGCAUUGAAUGACUGGAAGUGGAAAUUUUUUACUAUAAGGCUAAACAAAGCAAAUCUAAAUGGGGAUUGGUGGUUUUGUCAAAUUCAUGUUCCCAAAGAGGCUUACAAUAUCGACUUCGUCUUCUUUAAUGGGAAAGAUGUCUAUGAAAAUAAUGAUGGAAAAGAUUUCUGCAUAUCUGUGGAAGGUGGAAUGGAUGCCUCUGCAUUUGAAGAUUUCCUAUUAGAGGAGAAACGUAAAGAUCUAGAAAGACUUGCUAAAGAGAGGGCUGAAAGGGAAAGACAAGAACAAGAACUGAGGCGAAUAGAAUCUGAGAAGGUUGCUAGGGCAACCGACAGAGCCCAGGCGAAGGCAGAGACUGAAAAAAGAAGAGAGACGUUAAAACAGCUUUCAAAAAUGGCAGUGAGGUCUGUUAGUAAUGUUUGGUUCAUUGAACCUGCUGAGUUUCAAGGUGAAGACUCAGUCAGGUUAUACUAUAAUAAAAGAUCAGGUCCUCUGGCUCAUGCAAAAGAGCUUUGGAUUCUUGGUGGGCAUAAUAAUUGGACAGAUGGAUUAUCCAUUAUUGAAAUGUUGGUCUUUUCUGAUAUAAGGGACGAUUGUGAUUGGUGGUACGCUGAUGUAAUUGUACCUGAUCGAGCCAUUAUUCUGGAUUGGGUUCUUGCUGAUGGGCCACCCAAUAAGGUCAAUAUUUAUGAUAACAACAAGCGUCGUGAUUUCCAUGCGAUUGUUCCAAAAGCCAUUUCUGAGGAGCUAUACUGGGCUGAGGAAGAACAGUGGAUUUAUAGGAAACUUCAGGAAGAGAGGAGAUCAAGAGAGGAGGCUGCCCGUGCCAAGGCUGAAAGAACAGCUCGUAUGAAAUCUGAGAUAAAGGAAAGAACCUUGAAAAACUUUUUAUUGUCACAGAAGCACAUAGUGUUUACUGAUCCUGUUGAUGUUCAAGCAGGAAGCACAGUGACAGUAUUUUACAAUCCUGCCAAUACACCUCUGAAUGGAAAACCUGAAGUAUGGUUUAGAUGUUCAUUUAAUCGUUGGUCCCACCGUAAGGGUCCAUUGCCACCACAAAAAAUGUUGCCUGCAGAUGGUAGCAGCCGUGUGAAAGCCACUGUUAAGGUUCCAAAUGACGCAUAUAUGAUGGAUUUUGUAUUUUCUGAGUGGGAAGAUGGUGGGACGUUUGACAAUAAGAAUGGCAUGGAUUACCAUAUACCUGUGGCUGGUCAGUUAGUUAAGGAGCCACCCUUGCACAUUGUGCAUAUUGCUGUAGAAAUGGCCCCUAUUGCAAAGGUUGGAGGUCUUGGUGAUGUUGUGACUAGUUUAUCCCGUGCUAUUCAAGAUUUGAACCAUAAUGUGGACAUUGUUCUUCCUAAGUAUGACUGUCUGAACCUAAGCAAUGUGGAAAAUUUUCACCAUCAGCAAAAUUAUUUCUGGGAUGGAACAGAAAUAAAAGUCUGGUUCGGCAAAGUGGAAGGGCUCUCUGUUUACUUUCUGGAGCCUCAAAAUGGGCUUUUUUGGACAGGAUGUAUAUAUGGUUGUAAUAAUGAUGGAGAGAGGUUUGGUUUCUUUUGUCAUGCUGCUCUUGAAUUCUUACUUCAAGGAGGAUUUCACCCUGAUAUUAUCCAUUGCCAUGAUUGGUCUAGUGCUCCAGUUUCUUGGUUAUUCAAGGAAGAAUACAUGCACUAUGGCCUUACUAAAGCUCGGGUUGUCUUCACUAUUCACAAUUUAGAAUUUGGAGCGCAGCUUAUUGGGAGAGCAAUGUUGUACUCGGACAAGGCUACAACUGUGUCUCCUACGUAUUCAAAGGAGGUCGCGGGAAAUCCUGUCAUUGCACCCCAUCUUCAUAAAUUUCAUGGCAUAGUGAAUGGAAUUGACCCUGACAUAUGGGAUCCAUAUAAUGACGAUUUUAUUCCUGUACCUUACACUUCAGAGAAUGUUAUUGAGGGAAAAACAGCUGCUAAGGAAGCAUUAAGACAGAGACUUGGCCUAAGUAGGUUUGAUCUUCCUUUAGUAGGAAUCAUCACUCGCCUGACUCAUCAAAAGGGAAUCCAUCUCAUCAAGCAUGCCAUCUGGCGAACUCUCGAUCGGGGUGGACAGGUUGUGUUGCUUGGUUCAGCUCCUGAUCCACGCAUUCAAAAUGAUUUUGUGAAUUUGGCAAAUGAGUUGCAUUCAUCUUACCCUGACCGUGCUCGCCUUUGUCUUACUUACGACGAGCCUCUUUCACACCUUAUAUAUGCUGGUGCAGAUCUGAUGCUGGUCCCUUCAAUUUUUGAGCCGUGUGGUCUAACUCAACUCACCGCUAUGAGAUAUGGUUCAGUACCUGUUGUCCGAAAAACUGGAGGACUUCAUGAUACUGUGUUUGACGUCGAUCAUGAUAAAGAAAGAGCACAAGCAGCAGGCCUUGAAACAAAUGGGUUCAAUUUUGAAGGAGCAGAUCCAUCUGGCGUUGAUUAUGCUCUAAAUAGGGCAAUCUCUGCAUGGUAUAACGAUCGAAGCUGGUUUGAUUCAUUAUGCCAGAGAGUGAUGGAUCAAGACUGGUCUUGGAACCGGCCUUCUCUCGACUACUUGGAGCUUUACCAUGCAGCCCGGAAAUGAGAAACGGUGAUAAACAAUCGAAAAUGGGAGCGGGGAGCGCGAUAUCGGUGUCAAUCUGAUUCGAACUCGACGUCCUGUACAGGUUUUGUUAUAAUUCUGGCUUCAUUUCCCUUAGUUAUUAGGCCAAGGAAUCUAUGGUGGCACAAGCUUUAGAGUUCAAUAAUUGAUUCCAUCUUUCUUUACAAUGCAAGCAUGCUUCAGCUUUUAUAGAUAUGAAUGUACGUUCUGAUGUUCCAAUAAAUGGAAUCUGAUAAUAAGAUCCAAGUGGUUUAUGCAGUCACUUGUUGUUCACCACUGAAAA